AUCGGUUUGAGUAGCCCUCAGCUCAUACAGAGCCGGGCCGUGGAGUUCACGUACAGGAAUGAGAUAUUAUAUGAUUGUCGUGAGCUGUGGGACCAGGAAUUAGGCGGAAAGGUCUACACGGCGUUGAUAUUCAUAUCCACAUUCAUUAUACCGAUGUUUGCGCUCAGCUUUCUCUACAUCUCGAUCGGGGUGACCAGCGCUCGGCAUACAGUGCCCGGCAAUUCCAAUGGCGAUCACGUCCAGCAACACAACAGAGUUAAGAUCGUCAAAAUGUUGGUGAUUCUGGUCAUCUCGUUCGCCGUGUGUUGGCUACCCAUACAGGCGUUCAAUUUGGUGAUGUGGUUGUGCGACAGCUGCCGAACCCUUUCAUCGCAAUUCCAAAUCAAAAUCUACGUGGCCAUAUACUUCACGUGUCAUUUCCUAUCAAUGGCUCACGCGUUGAUCGACCCAAUCAUAUACUGCUUUAUGUCUCACAACUUCAAACUGGAUCAGUUACGCUCAUUUGUGUACAAUACUUGUGCGGACAAACAGAACCCGAAGAGAUAUAACAUGAAGAUUAGAUCCACUAUUAAAACCACAUUGAAUUCAAGCACUCAAUUGAAUUCAACGGCUAAUAAUAAUAUAUGUGAAAUGGCAACUAUAAAUGGGUUGAGAGUGAAAAUACCUACAAUUUUUGGGCGACGAAUUCAAAACAAUAACAGCACCCUAUUGUCCACCCUUUUCAACAACGGAAUAGUACCCGAUGUCAUCGACUCCAUCCCUUUCCAUUUAGUUCAGAUCCACUACCCGAGUGGUGUUGAAGUGAAUUUGGGUAACGAAUUGACCCCAAAGUCAGUGAAAGAUGAGCCGUCAGUUGACUGGCCGGUAGAAGAGGGCGCUUACUAUACACUCGUGAUGACUGAUCCGGACGUGCCGUCGAGGACAGAGCCCUCAGCCGAUUCUCAGGUCAAACACUGGCUGGUCGUCAAUAUACCCGAAAAUCAAGUGUUAAAAGGAGAAUCACUGGCCGUUUACAGAGGCUCUGGUCCUCCAUUAGGUUCAGGUCUUCACAGAUAUGUGUUUCUCGUGUAUAAACAGCUGAAGCCUAUCACACACUCGGAGACUAUAUUACCGACUCCGGGUCGGGAGGGAAGGACUGGUUUCAAAGUGAGGGACUUCGCAAAGAAAUACAAGUUAGGCGAACCCAUUGCCGCCAAUUUUUUUGUGGCUCAAUAUGACGAUUAUGUUGGCCUCAGGAAUAUGAGGGCCCAGAAUCGGCCCAAACCACAGACCACCACAACAACGGAGCAAACUAUGAUAGAAAUCCCGAUUACAUCGCAACCUAUUGAACAACAAGUUGUUGAGCAACAAGUCAUACAACAAGAGGAGGCCCAGGAAGUGAUGACUGAGCCUCCCAUCAGAAACCGUGUGAGAAGUAUGUCCAGAAUGAAGGCCAGAAGGGCUCAACUCCAGGAUUGGGCCCAAAAAAUGCCAAAAACACCCAAAUUUCCCCAAAUGAUCUGUAUGAGUUAUGAUAGAUAUAUGGCUGCAGAGGAGGCGUUGAUUACCAAUUUCAAUAAUUUAUGGAGUUUGGCUGUAGUUUUGGUGAAAGACACCACAAAUUUAAUCGACGCUUUCGUAACUAGACUGAAGUCAGUGAUGGACAGACAUAAUGUAGUUCCCGGUGUUAUUGAUACCGUUCCCACCAACAUUCAUUAUCCGAGUGGUGUUGACGUGAAUUUAGGCAAUGAGUUGUCACCCCUUUCCGUCAAAGACGAGCCUACAGUGGAAUGGAGUACAGAGGAGGGCGCCUACUAUACCCUCGCGAUGACAGACCCCGACGCCGGACAGAGGGCUGAGAUUAAGCACUGGCUGGUCGUCAAUAUCCCGGGCAGUGAUGUGUCGAAAGGCGAAACACUGGCCAACUAUAGAGGUUCGGCGCCACCGGCAGAGGGUGCGCCUCAUAGAUACAUAUUCCUCGUAUACAAACAACCGGGUCAUCUGAAACACUCGGAAACUCCAUUGCCUAAGGAUUCAGGGGAAGGGCGAGGAUAUUUCAAAGUCAAAGAGUUUGCUAAGAAAUAUAACCUGGGUGAACCAUAUGCCGGAAAUUUAUACCUGGCUAAGGGGGACGAAUACUCGGCACAAAUUAGAGCUCAGUUAGGACUUCCCAAG